CAUAAAACAAAGUUGCCACGCCCAAUGUGAUUGAAUGGCCGAAAGUCCUCUUGAAGUCGAGGUAGAAGAAGCUCUACCUUUUUCAACUGAUAGAGCAACUGAAUAUGAAGCAUCACCUCAAGCAUUACUAAUAAAAUCUGCUGAUGAACCUGCACUUCCUCCUAUUCAACCAUCAGCUAGUGCUCAAAAUGAGAAAUCGAUUGUGAAAUGUGGCAAUACAUCAUUCAAUGAAAUGUUAAAUGCUGUUCAUUUAGAUGUAAGGAAAGCUCUAGGAGAAGCUCAGAAUGUAACAACACAUGAUAUGAAUUUGGAAAGACAAUAUCGACAAAUCGUUGAAGAGAAUUUUAAGCUACAUGCACAGUUGUAUCGUGCUAGAAGAGAAAUAACACACUUAAAAGGUCACUUGACAAUAAUGGAGUUGAUACCAUCUGAAAUUCGAGAACAAAAGAAUCGUCAUAUAAUGCAACAAAAGAAGCAUCAAAUUCAAGAAAUGCAUCUUCAAAAUAGAGUUAAGGGAAAAGAUUUACAACAACUAAUGUCAUUGAUAUCGUAUGAAGCUAGAUCACAAACUGUUAAUGCAAAAGGGAAAUAUAUUGACUUCAGACACCAUAAACGUCAUAAAACAUUUCCUCUUCCAUCCAAAGUAACACCAUCAUCACUGCAUGAUAAAGGAUAUCUGCCACCUAUCCUACCUGGAUGCCAGUGCUCUGUAUGCAAUAGCCAGCAAAGUCUUGGAGCUAUUUGUUGUACAAGAGGAAAAGUAUCAUCAUCCACAAAGAGUGGUCAGCAAAUUCUGUUGGGUGACAGAGUUAUUUUGCAAAGUGACCAAAUUGGAACUGUCAAAUACAUAGGCAAGUUAAAUUUUGAUGCUUUAAAUCGAAUUUUCAUUGGAAUUCAUCUUGAUUUUCCUGUUGGAAUAACUGAUGGAACUAUAAGAGGACAGCAAUAUUUCCAGUGUCCUCCUGGACAUGGCAUAUUUGUGCUGCCUCAUGAUAUUUUAUGUGUUACUGGUAGAAAAUCUUUGUCUUCUGGUGUUGCGCAACCAAAGAAUAAAAUAAAGUUGGAUCUUCCUGCUAGUCGUAGUAGUCAGCAUGAUUUUUCUACUAAGAUGCGAAUGCAAUAUCUUUCCCCUCCCCAAACUGGCUCACCAGAUAUAAUAACCAAUGCUGAAAUGGUGCUAGAUCAAGAAUUACACAAGUUAUUGCAGGAAAAGCAAAAUGUUGUGGAUUUAGUUGAUUCUAGUGUUUCAGAUAUGGCACAAAGAAUGUUACAGUUGAAGGCCCGAAGGCAUUCAUCACAGCAUGACAACAACAGUGACAGUGCUGUCUCAUUGGCUGAGGAAGAAGACACAAAUGCAGUCAAUGUUCCCGCUGACGAUAAGAUUAAUGAGGAAACUCUUGCUAAUGUAGUACUAGCUGCACUUCAAGCAAAAGAUCUUGGGGGCAGUGGCUAUGUGACCAUGAAAGAGCUAUCUUCAGCAUUGACUUGUGAUGAACUUAGAUUAACAACAAAUGAAGUGGAAGAAGUCAUAAGUACACUUGGUUUGCAAGACACAAAAGGACAUGGUAUAGAAUAUUCUUCAAUUACACCUUCUAUUGCCAAUAUUAUUUUACAAAUUAGAGCUGCUGCAUAAUAAUUACAAUGUAUAAUAGUAACUUUUAGUACUUUUUUGAAAGAAAUUCUAUUAACAAUGA